GGGAAGGAAUGAGCGAUAGGAGCGCAUCCGGAGGCUGCUGGGGUAAGUGCAGACGUCUGUGUAAGUGUGAAGCCAUCAUGGUGGCAUUUAAAGGCAUCUGGACUCAGCCUUUCUGGAAAGCUGUUUCUGCAGAAUUUUUGGCCAUGCUAAUUUUCGUCCUCCUCAGCCUUGGCUCUACAAUCAACUGGGGUGGAACCGAAAAACCUCUGCCUGUCGACAUGGUCCUCAUUUCUCUCUGCUUUGGACUCAGCAUUGCAACAAUGGUGCAAUGCAUUGGACACAUCAGUGGUGGCCAUAUUAACCCUGCUGUGACUGUUGCAAUGGUCUGCACUCGGAAGAUCAGCCUUGCCAAAUCAGUCUUCUAUAUUGCAGCCCAAUGCCUGGGUGCCAUCGCAGGGGCAGGAAUUCUCUACCUUGUCACCCCCCGGAGUGUGGUAGGGGGCUUGGGAGUUACCAAGGUACAUGACGACCUUUCCGCUGGCCAUGGACUAGUGGUGGAGCUGAUAAUUACGUUCCAGCUGGUCCUUACUAUUUUCGCCAGCUGUGAUUCUAAGCGAAGUGAUGUCACCGGUUCAGUGGCACUGGCAAUUGGACUUUCAGUUUCGAUCGGACACCUGUUUGCUAUUAGCUACACAGGCUCCAGCAUGAACCCUGCUAGGUCAUUUGGACCUGCAGUUAUCAUGGGGAAAUGGGAAAACCACUGGAUAUAUUGGGUGGGACCAAUUAUAGGAGCAGUUCUUGCAGGCGCCCUUUAUGAAUAUGUCUACUGUCCUGAUGCUGAAUUCAAACAGCGGCUCAAAGAAGCGUUUACUAAAACAAGCCAGCAGUCCAAAGGGAAAUACAUAGAAGUCGAAGACACCAGGAGCCAGGUGGAGACGGAUGAUUUGCUUCUGAAGCCUGGAAUGGUCCACGUCAUUGACCUUGAGAGGGGUGAUGAUAAGAAGGGUAGAGACCCAACCAAUGAGGUGCUAUCAUCUGUAUGACUAGCAAGGAGCACUGAAAGCAGGGAACAGUCUACUAGCAGGCCCACAGAUAGCCUUCCACCCAUAAAAGAGACAGAUUUGUUGUAAAUUAGCCACCUGCGACAUCAUAAAAUUGUAGGAAAAUGGCAGCAGUGAAUUAGCUGUUUAAUCAGACCAGACUCCCAUUCUGUUGACAUGGUAGCAGCUAACUAUGUUGAGGGGUCCUCAUAGAUUAUUCCAAAUUCAUAAAUGUCCUUCUGGCAAUAGCCAUAAGGGAAUCCUUUUAUUCCCUCUCUGCUUUCUGAGUGAAUUUUGAAAGAGGCAUUGGUUUUAACGCAAGCAGUUAUGAGCAGGAAAUAGCAAUCUUCGUCAAUCAGAUUGACAGAUGAAACUUAUCAAAAGAUGCCUAUAGACACAGAAAGAAGUGUCUAUCAGAUUGUUCUUCUGACACUUAAUUGGCUGUUGUCAAUCCUGAUUAGAAUUUUAAUGACAAAGUCUAUGGCAGGUUCAGUGAAAGCAGAGCCAACAAGCAGGAUAUAACAAAUGCUUGCAAAAGCCUUAUUUCUUCUAGUCCUCCUGUUAUUUUUAAUCCUUCCAUGCUACAUUUGGGAGAAGACAUUUAAACAAAACAAAACAAAAAAACAAGAAUUGUCAUUUGCCAUUUUAUAUCUACUACAUAUUCAUACGUUUUAUACUUCCACAAAACAGGUCCUCUCCUUUUGACUCAUAAUCUUUAAAAUGUCUCCCACAUUGAGUUGUCCUUCCACAAAAAUGUUUUCAUGACAUACUAUUGCCAGAACUAUUGAAGACAUACAAUGAACAAAAUAAAUCCAUAUUAUACUCCAUCUUGUAAUGUGCGCAUUCCAGCCAAAGUUAAGCCCUAUGAAUUCCAGAUACUUUUACCAGGAGACAUUUAUACACAGCUUAACUUUCCCAGUGACAUCAGUGGGACUUAACAGUGUUUAACUUUGGGUGGAUCAUGUCAAAUUAAAAUAUGCAGGUAUAAAAAAAAAGUAGAAGGCUGUUCUGUUUUCAGUGCACUUAUUCAAACAAAUAAAAUGUUACUGUGCCAAUUUUAUAUAACUGAAAUGUUAAAAUUGUGUAACUAUUUUGCUCACAAUGUGAUUUUUUUUUUAAAAAAACAACAACGUAUAACAAGCAGGCUUUUCAUUAUUCUUUAAAAUACUGCUGGGAAAUGCUUUGGUGACUGAUGCUUUGCUUUGAAUACUCUGUCGCUAAAAAGAUUUGUUUUAGAGCUGCGUCAAACACAAUGCAUUUCCUAUAUAAAAAGCUCUAGGAAAAAUCCAGGCAAACUGCAUGUAGAUUUCCAUGUGUGACAGUUGCAGACAUGUCUGUUCCACUAUGAGCUCGCCCUCAGUGUACACAGGACAGAAAGCCAUUGUCAACAGAGAUGUGUGCAAUUGUUGCAUGAUCUCCAUCCAGUUAUAAUAUCAAUGAAACAGUUAAAUAGCAACUGUGAAUUUUCAAUGCAUCAAGAAGCCAGAGCAUGGAAUAGCUUGCAACUUUGUGUGAUGUUGUGCUGCUGAAUGGUGAGUUUGCCUUUUAUAAACUUAAAAUGCUUUUGGUCAAAAAGGAGUAACGUUUACACUUUCUCUGAAUGUAGCCAGAACUGAAUUUUGCUAUAGCUGAGGUUCUUUGUAUGGAUCUCAUCCAUUCCUAUUAAGGUUUUUGGUGGUGAAAUGUGGCGAAUGUACAGAACCACCCUGAGAACACCUGGUCUUGUAGAAAAAGGACAGCUAUACUAGUGGUGAAUAUUUCUAAGUACAUAGAUAAUCUUAUGCACAAGAAACACGACAUAAUAAAAGAAAUAUACACUUCUUCCUCCAUAGAAGCAACACCCAUCUAACAAAAUUGCCCAGUGUGAAGCACUGCACAAAAAAGGAAAGAACUGACAGUAUAGCAAAGCCAAAACAAAGAAAUCCAACUAGGGCUGUGAUCCCAAGCAAACCAGGUUACUUCCUAAGGAGUAAGCCUCAUUGGGUUUAGUGGAACUUCUGAGUAAAAAGACAUCAUAUUGUGCAGUAAAGGUCUGCCAAAGGGAGACCAUAUGAAGAAAGAUACUAAUGCCCCAAUGAGUGCUGAUGAUGGCUUCCCAUGGGCAUCUAAACAGUUCGGUGAGAAGAGGAUGUUGGACCACAUGGGUCAUUGGCCUGAUCCAGCAUACUCUUCUUUUGUUCUUAGAAAAUAAGCUACUGUGUCUUUUGUAAGCAUUGCAAGCCAUUUGAUGGUCAUAAGGUAGCGUACAAUUAAGUUUAAACGUGAAUAGAUGUGGCAAUGAAUCAUUACCACAAUCAAGAUGUCCAUGUGUUCCCAAUGCACAUCUAGAGCUGUUCCAUUCAUCUGUGGUGCAGCACCUCAGUGAACAGAAAGAGAUGUCACAGAACUCUCAAUGAAAAUGUCUAGGGAAGUUCUGUGGGCAACAUUAGAGCUCAUUACUCAAGAGCAAAUUACUGGUUCAAGAUCAAGUGUCUUGUGGUUUUGACGUAGAACGUCAAAACAAUACCUUUUUAGUCAAAUGUAAUAUAGAAUCCUGGAAGUAGAUACAGACUUUUCAUUUCACUAGUGAUGUGAACAUCACAAGUGUCCUUUGUUGUGUUUCUCAACGUGUUUUGCACUGGUGUAACAGUUACUCUUUGGUUAUACACUGAAGCUUCACUUCAUAAAUAUAUGACUCCUAAGCCUUUCCCUCCUAAGUCUUUUUGCUUUAAAUUUGUAUUUUGGUAAUGUUUCAUCAAUGCAUGUUUAUAAUUUACAUUUUGUUAACUCACUGACUGUGAUACACUUAGAGGUUAUUUCAGUGGCUUCUUAAGAUGUCUUACAAACUGAUAUAACAUGUGAAUCUUAUAUUUGAGAUAGUGUUGUUGUCAUGUUCUUGAUAGAAGCACUAGAUCAGGCAUCCCCAAACUGCAGCCCUCCAGAUGUUUUGGCCUACAACUCCCAUGAUCCCUAGCUAACAGGACCAGUGGUCAGGGAUGAUGGGAAUUGUAGUCCAAAACAUCUGGAGGGCCGAAGUUUGGGGGUGCCUGCACUAGAUGCAAGGCAAAUCAUUUAGAGACUGCUACAGCUUCACAUACGCUCAUCAACAGAAAGACCCAAUAGUUUAUCCCACUUUGCGUACCAUACUGGGCCAGGAUGAAGUCAUAGAAAUUAUUCUGAAAAAGAUGCCUUAUACUCACAGCUGCCUUUCUCCUAGCUUUUCUGCCUUAAAAUUAAAAAAUCUUCCAAAUAAUUUGAAAUUUGGAGACUGAAAGUACCCUAAGAACUUUGUUGUGUGUGAAGGAAAGAAUAAAUAAAUAAAUAUGUGUAUAGUGUACACACAGUUUCUAGUGUUGUACUGGCAGAAAGGGCAGCAUGAACAUCACCUUUGUGAUGUUCUUGUUUUUAUUUUUUGCUGUUCAUAUACAGCAAUUCCCUACAAAGUUAAUUGCGGUAAUCAUUUGCAUAUGUUUCAGUUGAAAUGUUUGGUACAAAAGGCAGCAAUUUUACUUGGAAUGUUAUCUGUUUGGAGGAAGCAUGCCAAUUUCCUUUGCUAGUUUUGGGAGCAUGUGGAUUAAACGGGGGAAGCAUUGUGAAUUCUGCUUCUCACUCGGGCCCCUCCACAACUGAAGAGUCAAAAGAAUCUUCAUCGUGAAUGUGGAAAGCUGUAAUAAAUAAAAUGAGAUGUCACAAAAUAUUUCAUUCUUAAAUCUCAGGUGCAUAUACAGAAUCCAAUUUAUAAAUGCCUAUUAAGAGCUGCAUGAAGGAUAAUCUAUCACUUGUAGGACCAAUGAUAAGGGCAAAACUAGUAAACAUACUAAACAUAUGGCUAUUAAAAAAUAUUACAAGUUCAUUCAACCUUAUCAGAACUGAUGUGAUAAUAGUAUUAUAAAUCAAAGUGUGUAACAUUUGGAAUAAUCUACUUAAGAUGUCCUGCUAUCAACAAUAGAGUUUUAUAUCUUGCUCCUCUUCUCCUGUAUUCUUUAUGGUUAUUCCUUGUAAAUAAACGAUUGUCUGUUUUGAUUCAUCCCUGCAUUU